AUGCGCAGUAUUUUUGUAAGUGACUGUGUCAAGGUUUUGCGUGGAGCAUCUUGUGUUCUAAGUGCGGCAAUAGCUAUUCAGGCGAAUGAAAUAGGGACAUUUUUGCAUCUUAUUGGUGUACGAGAAUGCCUUCGAGGUUCUGGACAGCUUCAUCCUGUUGCUGCAGGUGGUGUCACAAAGUUCCGUCGUCCUUACAACAACUGUAAAUGCACCACUGCUCCUUGUUUUUCAUUUAAGACCAGGAAUUACUCCACUUUCGCCCCAGACGCUUUUGAAGCUUCUCCGAGAAAUAGAUCUCUAUCUUCCUCAAAAGAACGACGUGUUCCCGUCACUCGGGUUGAUCUAUUUGUUGGAUUGGGACUUGGAGCAGCGGCAGAGUACGCGAAACGUUCCAUAGGUGCCUCGGACAAAAAUGACAAGUCGAAUGUCUUCCUGAAUGACGCCAAUUUGGAGCGGAUUGUUGAUACUCUGUGCCGUAUGCGCGGCGCCGCCCUUAAACUGGGCCAGAUGCUCAGUAUACAAGACAGUUCGCUUGUCAGUCCAAAGGUGCAAAAGAUUUUUGAACGGGUUAGGCAGUCUGCGGAUUUUAUGCCAACCUCACAGAUGUACGAAGUGGUAAAUGCUGAACUGGGACCAAAUUGGAGGGAGAAGCUGGCUUCAUUUGAUGAAAAACCUUUUGCUGCUGCUAGCAUUGGUCAGGUCCAUCUCGCCACCCUCCCGGAUGGAAGACGGCUGGCCAUGAAGGUUCAGUAUCCCGGGGUGGCGAAAAGCAUUGAGACCGAUGUGGCCAACAUCACAAUGAUCCUUAAACGCUUCAACUUCAUGCCUCGCGGUCUGUUCGCCGAGUCGGCGGUUCGUGCCGCCAAGAAAGAGCUUAAAUGGGAGUGUGACUACCUGCGCGAGGCCUACUACGCCGAAAAAUUUGCUCGUCUUCUUGCCAAUGAUCCAGUCUUCUUGGUGCCUCAGGUCUUCCACGACUUCUCCACACAGAAAGUCUUUACCACAGAGUACUUCGAGGGUCUUGUUAUCGAUGAUUGUGCCUCAUUAUCUCAGGACGUCCGAAAUUGGAUUGGUGAAAAUCUUCUGCGCCUUUGCCUCCUCGAGGUCUUCGUCUUUAACACCAUGCAGACCGAUCCUAACUGGUCCAAUUUCCUCUACAACAGAGAUCUGAAUAAGAUCAUCCUUCUGGACUUCGGCGCGUCGAGGGAGUACCCGCGCCGGUUUGUGGAUGACUACCUACGGGUAAUCGUGGCUGCAUCUAAUGGUGACAAACCGGGCAUCUUGGAGUACUCAAGACGUCUGGGCUUUCUAACGGGCUAUGAGACUAAGGUCUUCUUGGACGCCCACGUAGAGGCAGUGAGUGUUUUGGGCGAGGCCUUCGCCUCUAAGGUGCCUUUCGACUUUGGAAAGCAGUCGACGACCUAUCGCAUCAACCGCAUAAUUCCUGUGAUGCUAGAACACCGUCUUACCCCACCACCAGCGGAGACCUACUCUCUCCACCGCAAGAUGUCUGGAUGCUUUCUACUUUGCGGUAGACUGGGCGCCGUGGUCGACUGUCGAAAGCUCUUUCUCGAAGUAGCGGAUAGUUAUGUCUAUGGAUUAGGGGAGACACCAGAAGUGGCCUGA